AGUAGAUAACUCUCGAUGAUAUCUAAAAGUGCUGUCCCCUUUGUUUGUGUGUAUACGGCGACAGACUUGAACCACCAAUUAAGUUCGUGCUUGAACUGAACUACGCGCUAGAAAAUCCUGAAAUCGACAACGACUUCAAGCUGGCUUCAUGAUGAUUCGUUCGGGAAUAUCUACUAAUCAGGGAGAUAAUUUCAGUGACUCUGAAUCUGACUGGGAUACCAGUGUUGACAUCGAUCCCACAGGACAAAGCAGCCGUAGAGAGCAAGAAGAGGAGCCUCAACCUAAAUCACGCCAUAAUAUAAAUCGAAAAUUUGAAGAAGCCCCAGUUGGCAUGAAAAGGCAACAGGUCAAUGACAGAGGUGAUGAAGUUGGAGAGGCUCAGUCAAAUCCUGGUGUUUUUAAUGCUGCUAAUGCAAAUAAAAUGCUGGCUCCAAAUGAUAGAGUUUCGCAUGGCUUACACAGCUCUAGUCCUGUUCCCCCUUAUACUUCAGGAUUCCAAGAGAUUAUUAUAGAUGAAGAUGAUAAAGAUGUGAGCUCCACCUAUGCUGUACCAGACAAAACACAGAAAAGCAGUAAAUACAUGCCUACACCUACACAACGUUUCAUCCAUAAGCCUAAUGCAGAUGUGGAAUUGUGGGAAGACUCAGAUGCAGAACAGAGAACAUUACAAGAGCUGCACACAAACCUGCGCAAGGAGAAGACUCGAGAAAUGGAAAAUGAAGCUGCUCGCUUACAAACUCAAGCAAGAGAAAACAACAUGCGUACUCCAGUAGCUCCUCAAUCUGUCUCACUCUUUGAAAGAUGGACACGCAGUCAGGAGGACAGACAGAGGCAGAAAGAAGAGCAAGGCCCACAACGCAAGAAAAGCAUCAGUAGUCCUCCAGAAAACUGGUCUCCUGACACAGGCAUGAAUGGAAGUGCACUUACAAGAGCGUUAAAUACACCUCCUCAGCCACUGUUUGUCAGUGAUGCUGGAAGCAAAAGGCAUAUAUAUUUCUUGAACAAGGGUCAUGUUGAGUACUAUGAUGUUGAUGAAGAAGAGACGGACGCAGUUAUGCCAAAAGUUGCAGAAAGGGUGGAAAGAUAUGUCCGACGGAUGUGGCAAGAGAUCUUUAGUGUUCUUCGCAUACUUGCAUCCUUCAUUGUUGUUUUUACAACAGAGUUGAUUCAUUUUGGCACCAGUUUUGUAUUACGUCCUCUCUUGGUUGGCAUUAUUGCUUCUUUUGGAAACCAACUUAUUAAGCCAGUUCUAGCCAGUGUAUUCAGCAUGAUCAUUCAGCCCAUUUUCAUCUUCAUGUGGAACAUUAUGUCAGCCAUUAAACAUCUUCUUAUGCCAGCGAUUGAUAUUCUUGGAUCCAUCACUUCCAGACUGUCCAUUUUAUUUGCCUCUUUACGACUAGUAGAAGUAAAUCUUGCUGGAACCUCUAGAGGACAUAAUCCAGACAAGGAGUAUCUACAGAGGAGAGAUGGAGGGGAGGUGGUUUAAAAGAGGUUAGUAUCGGCUACAUGUCUCAUGGUCUGGAAUACCUUCCUGCUGUGAUAGCGUAUGCAUCAGGAAGGGUGUUUUUUUGCUUUAAUUUCUACAUUUGUAUCUUUCUGAAACAUCAUAGAUUUGAGUGACCAAUUUCUCCUGAACUUUUUAAUGGUUUUGAGUUUGGUUAACAUUUUUCAUCAUUUUUUUUUAACCUAUUUUAUGGCAAUAGAUUCUAAUUCCAUGUUUUCCUUACGACUUGGUUUCCUCCAUACUUUGAGUUAACAUAGAUCUGCUAGAAAUGCUGCCACCUUGUUAAAUGGGAAGAAGAAAUAACCAGAAGACUUAUUUGAGAAAAGCAAAGGCAGCAACCUGUGUCCUCCCCGCACACCUCCUAAACUUUUGCGCCUUUACUUUUGUUUGCUGAUCUGAUUUCUUCUGAGACAUCGAAAUAUAGCAGUUAAAAGUGACUUUAAAUAUCAGGACUCAUAAAGUUGAUUAAUUUUAGAGUGCACAGAUUUUUAGAAGAUGUCCUGACUAUUAACACAGUGAAAACUCAGUUUUGAACUGCAUGUUUUAGACUGAUAAAAUGUAAUUCAUCAUCACAGGAGAAUUGUGAGUUAAGUCACUUUGGCUGUGGUUUAUUUUGCUACGAAAAUGUUGUGAUUAGACUCCUUAUUUUAAUCAAUUAACAUGUAAAAAUCUUGCUUACUAUAUGUUAAACCAUUUGAAUGGAAAACUGGCAUGUCUAAGCUGUAAUCUGUGAAAUUUAUGCAAAGAAAAGUGCAAAGAAAACUACUAAAUCAGUUUUUGAAUGUUGUCUGCAGACAUUUCUUGUAUUUUAAAAUUAAAGUAACUGUUUUCUAUAUAUUUGAGAAUGUUUACAUAUGUUGGAGCGUUCAUUAAUUUUUUUGUAUUUCUGUUCCUGCUGCAUGGAAAAAAUUGUUAGCAGAAUGCUGCUUGAUUCAAUCACCACACACUUUUGCUGCUAAUCAGUUGGUGGUUUUACACUCAUUUUAUUUGAACCCUAGAGCUGUCGAUGACUCUAGAUGAGAAACAGCUGCAUUCAUUGAAUUAAUUCUCCCCAGAGUUACAUACUUUGAAAUUUCUUUAGUUACAUGGUAUUAUACAUCUACAUUUUGUUGUGGAUUCUUUUAUUUCACCUGGGGCCUCUUCGGGCACAACUGUGUCAUGUCUCAUGUGUUCGAGACAAGACAUCAGAACCUGACUCCAGAUGAGUCAGAUGUGUACAAUCACGGACAUGUGAAUAAACUGGAAGCUAAUUUGUACACACCUGCCUCAUUUUAGUAGUUAACUGAAAAAAAAUCAUCUGCCAGCAGUCCAGUAAUACAAGUUCGUGGUACAGUAGACCUGGACGGUGCAGAAAGGUUCACAGAGCACCUCAUGCAUGCUUUAAGGUUGUUCAUUGUCUGUGAAAAUUAUUUUAGGGCAUAUAUCUUAUCAUCAUCUAUUUUAUAAAAUAUAUCACUGUCUUGCAUACAGAAAAUAUGCUCAGUAUUUUGUUCUCAACCAAGAGCUUUUUAACUGUGAUACGAUUUAUGAUUUUGGAUGAUGCAUUUUUUCCUCCCAUUUUGUACUGUUGAAAGAUAUUCCUGAUUAUUUUCACUUUCUUUGCCUGUUUUAAAAUCAUCUGGAUUGUUGGGUGGGAGGUUUGUGCCAUUUAAAGGACAUAUUAUUCAAUCACUUUUAAUAUUAAAAAAAAACUAAUGAUGAGGUAGAGAUAAUGAACACACGUUUUAUUUUGCCUAUCAAUGCCUGUAAUAAAAGCAGCAAAGAAGUAAUAUUAUUGUAGCAUUCUUUACACAUGAAAGAAUACUCACAUUGAACAGAUUCCUUAAAUAUGGAGUUACUACGCCUGUAAUGAAUAUUUGUCUCAUAAGAACCUGUUUCCAGAGAAAUAUCCGUCCAGUGCAUGUCUGAGGUGUACAAUAUAUAUCAUGUUUAAACAAAAUAUUUGUUGUUAGCAACCCUUUGUGUUGCAAGGCUCAACCUUUAACUGAAUUUUCUUUACUUGCAAUGUGUCUUUACAUGUAUAAAUUUGUAAGAUGUUAUUUUAUGUGUUUAUACAUACAAUUAUACAUUUUAUUUUGGCACCAGUUUUGUAUUCCAUCCUCUCUUGAUGAAGCGCAAUUAUUAUAAGAAAUAUAAUAAAGCAAUUAGUAUUUAUAAUUAGGGGCCUGAUCUCAUGCAACAAUUCCUAUACUUGGGUACAUUAGAGACUGGUUGUGCAUUAUUUCAUUAAAUGUGAUUGCAAUUUGUGCCGGUCUACUGAUAUAUAAGUAUAUAGUGAAUGUACUUAAAUUACUUCUGUUUUAAUGUCCUUUCUCUUCCCCCACCCUUCCAUCUCCCACAACCCAUCGAUACUCCGAUCCUGUUCCUUUCUACCAUCUUGUCUUUGGUCUCUGUUUUCCAGUGUAUGGAUCAUUAUUAAGUGUAAUAAGUAAUCGAUUAUAAUAUUCAUGUGUUGCAUUCAAUAAAAUAAAAUAUACUCUUUU